UCUUAUCGGAGUGAUUGGCGCCUGUGCUCUUGCGGUAUUGCGGUAUUGUAUUGCGGGUGUGGUUUUCCACUAGAACUUUUUUUUUUUUUUUUUUCCAAAGCCGGCUUCCUUCCCUUUUUUGGGGUCAAGGACGUGGACUGUUGAGAAAAGCUUCCCCGUUUACCCCAUUAUCGGUGUCAUUGGACGUGACUAGGGCAUAACUAUCUGCUCAAUUCCUCCCUUUUGUUCACUUAGGCACUACAAUAUCUCCCUUUGUAUUUAACUCACUACCAUCGUCUGCCUCUCUAUACAUACCCAUAUACCAUUGUCCGCGCCCGAUUGCGUCACAAUGGUCGACAUCACCGUCGAUGGCCAGUCGAACCCGGCUGUCAUCCGGUUCGGACUCCCUCCUUCUUCUCUUCUACAAUUCCCUCCCAGUGAGCUUCCUGCUACGCUGCCUGCGCCCAUUACCUCCGAGCCGACCUGGUACCAGCCCUUCAACAUCUCUCCCGAACUAUACAACCAGCUCCUGGACGUGCGCGUUCCCAUCACCAUCGCCAGUGUCUACGCCGUCACUGUCAUCUUGUUGAACCGGGUUAACAAGAGUCGCGGUUACAAACCCUGGGGUUUCAGUCAAACGAGGCUCUUCAAGCUCUUCGUGAUCCUCCACAAUGUCAUCUUGGCUAUCUAUUCCGCAUGGACCUUCGCCGGCAUGAUCCGCGCCUUCCGCAACUCGUGGCCCAGUCACGAUGACCCCAACUACGUCGCAGCCGUCGCAGACACUCUGUGCAAGGUCAAUGGCCCGCGCGGCUAUGGCAAUGCCGCUGUCUACAAUCCUUCUGUCGAGCAGUGGACCAUUCGGAACCCUGAAUACAAGCUGGCUGAGACAGGCGUGCCCGAUUUCACGGAUGUCGGCCGCCUGUGGAACGAGGGAUUGGCCUUCCUUGGAUGGAUCUUCUAUCUGUCCAAGUUCUAUGAAGUUUUGGACACCGUGAUCAUCCUCGCCAAGGGUAAGAAGAGCUCCACGCUGCAGACAUACCACCAUGCCGGUGCCAUGAUGUGCAUGUGGGCUGGAAUCCGCUAUGUUGCGCCUCCCAUCUGGAUCUUCACCUUGGUUAACUCCGGUAUUCACGCUCUCAUGUACACUUACUAUACCAUCACUGCUCUGCGUAUCCGUGUCCCUACCGUGAUCAAGAGGUCCUUGACUACUAUGCAGAUUACUCAGUUCAUCAUUGGUUCUGCCAUGGCUGCGUCCUAUCUCUUCAUCAGUUACACCCUCCCAGCCAGCCAGGCUGCUUUCGAAGCUCCCAUUUCGACUGCUCAAUUUGUGGCUGCCGAAGCUGCGGAGGAGGGAUUGGUGCCUUGGAUCAAGAAACUGGCUUUCCGGGCCGCAGGUGCGGAGGGCCCUGCCGAGAACGUGGGAGUUCCUGACACCCCUGCUGCUGCUCCUGUGCAACCCCACCGUGUUGGUCCCAUGGUCACUUGCAUGGAUACCACCGGACAGGGUUUCGCGAUCUGGCUCAACGUUGUGUACCUCCUCCCCUUGACUUACCUCUUCGCCCGUUUCUUUGUCCGGUCUUAUCUGUACCGCAAGGAGCCGGGCGCUCGCCAGCCCAGCAACAUUCAGGCCGCUGAGAAGGCUGGCUUGGAUGCCUUGAAGGGUGUCAGCCGCGAAAUCCGCAAGGCGGUCGAGGUGAACGGAGAGACCAGCGAGAGCACCGAGGAUGAGGCGCUCAACCGCGUCCAGGCGCUCCGAUCGCACAACAAGUCCCAGCAGAAGCCGGCUGUCGAGAACUCGCCCAUUCGCACACGUGCCACCACUGCCAAGCAGAAGGCCCGCGCUGUGUCCAGCGAUGCGGAUUCCGACCAGGGCUUCUCGACCGUUUCCUCUAAGAAGGGCGCCAAGAAGACCACCAAGGAGGAAUUGCAGGCCCCCCCUGUUGUCGAUGCCAAGGACUCCAACCCGUUCGAGGUUCUGGAUCGAUCUGCCUAGGUUCGGGGACUUUGAGCCCUGAUGUCUCUUCGAGAAAAAACCAUUUAUCACAGUCCCGCUCCGAAGAAUGCCUCACGAGCUAGAUGGCGCAAUCUCUCCGAUUCAGCUUCUGUCGAGGUUAUCACU